UGUACACGAACCCAUCAAAACCCAACCACACAACUCGAAACCGCCAUUGAUUUCCCCAGCCCGGGUUCGAGUCCCACUCUGACAUUUCUCAAAAAUUUCUGUGAAGAAUUCUCAGUAAUGGAGGACAAAGGCAGAGCUGCAGCUGUGGCGGAGCGGAUAAAAGGGCCGUGGAGCCCCGAAGAGGAUCGAGCGCUUCAGGGUUUGGUGGAGAAAUACGGUGCGCGCAACUGGUCGAUGAUAAGCAAGAAGAUCGUAGGGAGGUCGGGAAAAUCGUGCAGGCUGCGGUGGUGUAACCAGCUUUGCCCUCAGGUGGAGCACCGCCCUUUCUCUGCUGCAGAGGACGCCGCCAUUAUCGAAGCUCACCUCCGCCAUGGCAACAAAUGGGCCACCAUUGCACGCCUCCUCCCAGGACGCACCGACAACGCUAUCAAGAACCACUGGAAUUCUACCCUCCGCCGCCGCUCGCUUCAACAACAGAGUCAGAAUCUUAGCAGGAAGCGAAGCGGUAUUUUCAGCGAGGGAGAUUAUGAGGUCGAGACUCGGGGACUCAAAAGGCUCAAUCUCGUCCAAUCUCCAGCAGAUUCUGGUAAUCCUAGUGAUUUUAACCUUAAUGUUAGCUUGCCGGGGUCAGCCAGCCCGGGAUCGAGUCUCCACCGCCAAUCUGCUUUCAAAAGCUAUGAGUCUCUGAAACCCCCUGAAGAUGCUUCUUCACCAUGGAGCUCAGCUUCAGGUUCGCCGUCAGCACUGUGCAGCUCCGAUCCGCCGACCUUGCUCAGCCUGUCGCUUCCCGGAAGCACCUCUUCCAGCGAGAACGACGGUGGAGAAUGUCAGGAACAGAACGUUUGCUCUUCGCCUGUUAAAUUGCAGGUCAAUCAGCAGCCGUCUGUUCCAGUGAGCGGCGGUUACUUGAAAGCAGAGGAUGCUAUAUCUAUGAUGUCCGCCGCCGUUAAAAUGGCUGUCGCGCAAGCACUGCCGUUGAUGUUUCAGUCCUCUGCAGGCGAAGGCUCAAGCUCCGAUUUUGGUAGCGGAGCGUUGUCUGUUAUGCGGGAGAUGGUCGCUAAGGAGGUGCGCUCUUACAUGAAUGGAUUGAGUGCGUUUGCUCCAGUGCUUUAAUGACUUGGAAAUCUCCCUUUCCUGAACCUAUGAUAGGUAAGAAGAGAAAAAUGUGUAGUUUUUCCUCUUAACCAUGUACAGCUAUGGUAGCCGCGAAUUGUAUAUGGAUCGUUCCAAUUUCCCCUUGUACAGGAGAACAAAUCUGGGUUUCGAAAUGUUUAUUUCGGAAAAAUUCGUGAAAGCUACUCUCUUUACCUUAUGGAUUGAGGAAAAAUUCGUCAAGGCUACUCUGGUUUCGAAAUGUUUAAUAAAUUUGUUAUCAUUGAAUUUC